UUCUCCAUAAUGUAUCUCCGGUGCUAUCUAUACUCACUCUUAAUUCUAGCACUGUAUUUCUUUACCAUCACGUCUUCCUAUCCUACCCGCAAUGACUCCAUUACGGCUGCUUUAAGCUACGGCACGUUCCAAGGCGCAUACUCCCCAACAUAUAACCUGACCUACUUCCGUAAAAUCCCCUUCGCCGCAUCGACCGCAGGACGCAACCGCUUCCGCGGUCCGCAACCACCUCCCCGACUCGAAAAUGGCACAAUCUACAACACCGACCAAGCCUUCGACAUGUGUCCACAGCGCACCGUCAACGGCUCCGAAGACUGUCUAUACUUGGGCGUAUACUCGCGACCAUGGGACGCCUCGACGCCACAGAAGCUACGCCCCGUGCUACUGACGUUUUAUGGCGGCGGAUUCGUGCAGGGGAGCGCUACGUUCGCGGUUCCACCGUCGGGGUUCCCAGUGCUGAAUGUGAGUGCUAGCAAUGACUAUGUCGUCGUGUACAGCAAUUACCGCACCAACGUGUUUGGCUUCCUUUCUGGUCACGCAGUGGCUGGGCAUCCCGAGACGGAUCUGAAUGUUGGGCUGUUGGAUCAGAGGGCUGCGUUGGAAUGGAUCAGGGACCAUAUCUAUGCGUUUGGAGGGGACGCGGGGAACGUGACGGUUUGGGGGCAGAGUGCGGGUGGAGGGAGUGUAGUUGCGCAGACGAUUGCGGCGGCAGCGGGAGCUGGCGAGGGGGGGAAGAAGUUGUUCUCUAAGGCUAUGACGAGUAGUCCUUUCUGGCCCAAGACGUACCGCUACGACAGUCCCGAGAAUGAGGCCCUCUAUGAGGCUGUCGUGGCCGGGGUAGAUUGCAAGAGAGCAGAGGGAAAAGAUGAGAUUGCGUGUUUGAAGAGCGUCGAUGUACAGCGCACCUUUACGUGGGGACCGGUCAUCGACGACGGGUUCCUAACGAAGCCGUUGUCGGAGGUGGUAAGCAGUGGUGAGGUCGAUGCUGAAUUGAUCAUGACCAGUUACAAUUUGCACGAGGGCGAGAACUUUGUUCCCCCGGGGUUUCUAUCGGUGGAUGGCGAAGCCGGGUUCAACUCUUCCGUUGCUUCAUUCGACUCGUGGCUCGCGGGGUAUCUGCCAGGAUUCUCACCGGAAGAGCUGGAGCAGGUGAAGCAACAAUAUUCUAUUGAUGGAACAGCUGAGGGGAUAUCGUGGAACACGACUUAUGAACGCGCAGGGCUCAUCUAUCGCGACCUCGUCCUAGCAUGUCCUGCAUACUGGCUAUCGAGCAAAGCACGAGAGGGGUGGCUAGUAGAAUAUACCAUCAGCCCCGCCAAACACGCAAGCGAUACCAUAUAUGUGAGUCCAAAUCGUAUUUCGAGAUUCAUCGGUAAUAGGGCUGACUCGAUGUGGUAGU